AUGGAUUUGGGAUGUGGUGGUAGUAGAGAUGGUGAUGGUGGACCUUGUGGUGCGUGCAAGUUUCUAAGAAGAAAGUGUGUGAAAGGUUGUUGCAUAUUUGCACCUUAUUUUGAGUCAUCAGGUCAAGGAAGUGCUCAUUUUGCUGCUAUUCACAAAGUGUUUGGUGCUAGCAAUGCUUCUAAGCUACUCACACGCAUUCCAGUUCAUAAACGUCUUGAUGCUGUUGUUACUCUCUGCUACGAGGCUCUUGCUAGGGCUACUGACCCUGUCUAUGGUUGUGUUGCUCACAUCUUUUCUCUUCAACAACAGGUUGUGGAGUUGCAAGCUGAGUUAGCCUAUGUUCAAGCUCGUCUUUCCAUAUUGAAUCGCAUCUCUGAAGAUCCUCAGUUUCAACAGCCUCAAAGCUCUUCAAUGUCUCCAACUUUGCAUUCUUCCUUGGCUCAUCAUUUGUCAUCAAAUGAUGAAACUUCUUAUAUGUCCAUGAGCUUCAAGAUUUGCCUCGAGAAUUUUAGCUUUGUGGCUGGAGUGAGAUUCAAGCCUUCGAAUUAUCACUAG